AAGAAGUUUGGCUUAGUGCCGAAGAUCAAUUAAGCUAGUGACUAAAGCAGCGCCAAGUUUUCUUGGAUCGAGUUAAUAAAGCAUCAGUUCUGAGAACGUUUUAUACAUUUGAGUAACGGGAGCAAUAGUAAGAACUAUCAAAAUAUGUACAAGGACGAAUAGUUUAGUCUCCUUCGGCAUACGUUAAGCUUGAAAUUUUCUAUUCCUACAAUUUUGUGUACUAGCUGAAUCAUGAGGACCCUGUAUUGCCUUCAAGUGGCAUAUCUAGUGCUGAUAUUGCAUCAGAUAUUCUCCAGUAUGGAACUGAGUGGAGCUACCUGUCAAAAGUUCAAAUUCGUUGUCGGUGAAGAUGUUGUCUUCAACUACAUUCUGGAAGAUCACGUUUUUCAAAGAGUAACUGUCCUCAGUGCCACCCAAUGUCACGUAAGGUGCAAAGAUAACUGCUUGUGCGUAUCCAUGAAUUACUUUCCUCAGUCCAAAGAAAACAACUGCGAGCUUAAUGACGCAAACAGAGAGAUGGUGCCAGCGGCAAUAAAAUGGAGACCAGGAGGAAAUUACUAUGAUUUGGUGAGAAGUUACACGGUGAAGGGUGGAGACAAAUACAUUCCAGGAAAACAUCACUGUGUAAACAGAUGUUGCCACUCCAAUCCUUGUCUGAAUGGAGGGGUGUGUCAGGAGCUAUGUGACACUUUCAGUCCCAGGUUUAACUGUACCUGUCCUGGCUCAUAUUCUGGUCAGCGAUGCGAAAAGAUGAAACGGCCAAGGAGUUGCAAGGACAUUGCUAGCAACGGUGCCUCGAUAUCCGGGAAGUACGACAUAUUUAAUUCUGCAAACGAAUCUAUUCCCGUUCAUUGUGAUUUGAAAUCGGAAGUUGGCUUUAAAUGGGCCUUGAUCCAGUCGUUUUCCUUAGCUAACAAAGAUACAUUCAAGAGAGUAGAUUUCGGCCGAGAUUAUUCCGUGAAUGAAACUAAAAGUAAAAUAGACUGGAAUUCAUACCGCCUGUCCUUGUCUUGGAUGCAGUCCCUCGCCGAUCACUCGACACAUCUGCGAACGACCUGUAACUUCGUCAAGGAUGGUCUCCAGUACACGGAUUACGCACGCGCUAAGCUGGUAGAUCAGGACAUAUUUGGUAGAUGGGACUCAGUGUGCAGAAUGUAUGAGUACAUAAAUAUCCGUGGAAAUAACUGCUCCGAUUGCACUGCGAUGACGAAACAAAAUUACAACGAACCUUGGACCAUAAAGAGUCGCUCUAAGGACUGUACAUUUGAUGGAUAUUCAGGCUCAACACAAAACGAAAACAAUUUUGGACGGUAUCAUGACGGGGGUGUAAACAUCAAUCACCGCUGCACAUCUUCCCCUGCUUCAACUACGCAGCAUUGGUUUGGAGCUAAACACAAUUCAUAACAUUACUUUAGUUUGUAAUGCAGGAGUUUGGUGAGUUAAGUGAAAUAGGUGUUGAUUGAUCGUUUCAUCUUUUUUUCGCCAUAGUUUUUAUGGGAUAAUCUGGGAAUUGUAUAUUCUCCUUCUCUGAAAUUAUUAUCAAGUUGGUUGGUUGGAACAGAGUAUCUUAAGUUUCAAUUUCAUGUGCAAAAUUUUGUGUUUACUUCUUAUUCUCCCAAUGAGCCAAUAUGGUGGAACAGUAGAGACGUAGUGAAUAGAGCGCUCGCCUCUCGUCGCCAUAAAUAAGUAUCCAUUCCUGGACCUGCUGUCGUAACAUUUAAGUCUUGUUUGCCUGCAUCGUGUUUCUUGAUGAUCAAUCUUGUAAAAAGAAAAUUGUGUUCCCCUCGUUGCUGAUCGGUCUUUACGAAAUGUGUAGCAUAAUUCUUAAGUAACGCUUUCGAUGACGUAACCUUAAAUGUGGCAGUUGCAGUGUAAGUAUGUAAGUAAAACUGUUUUUAAAUUGAUAGUUGAUUAUAAUUCUGAAACAUUAAACUUUGCAUCGGAUAAAUUUU